AUGUUUUUGUUCAAAAAGAAAAAACCCAGUGGCGAUUCCAGGAAACGUCUCGAGUACCAGCUGUGUUUGGCCAAAGAAGCAGGUGCUGAUGACAUUCUGGACAUUUCUGCCUGUGAGCUUUCAGAGGUUCCCUCCUGUGCCUUCUCUAUGUGUAAAGUGCUUCAGAAGAAAGUGUUAAUUCUUCAUACAAAUGACCUGAGGUCACUCGUACCUAAAGGCUGCUGUCUUGGUGCCUUAGCAACAUUAAAGGUCUUGGAUCUACAUGAAAAUAAGCUCACAUCACUUCCAGAUGAGAUCGGACAGCUUUCGUCCUUGCAGGUGCUAAAUGCAGAGAAAAACCAGAUCAAACAGCUGCCAGACACUAUAGGAGGUCUUCUGCAUCUACAGACACUUAAUGUAAAAGGGAACUGCCUUACUGUGUUGCCUGUGUCUGUGGGUCGCAUGAGCAGCCUGCGAACACUCGACAUAAGUGAGAACAGCAUCAGAGAAUUACCCAAAGAACUGGCCAGUGUUCGCACUCUGGAAAGCCUGAUCCUGGAUGCACAGGUUAUGAGCUUUCCACCUGCGUCAGUGUGUACAGGCGGCACAGAGGAAGUGCAGCGCUACCUCUGCUCAGAGAUGGGUCUGGAGUAUUGUCCUCCAUCUCAGUAUCUCCUGCCUGUGCUGGAGCAUGAUGGAGGGAAGCAGGAGAUGGACUGUGUUGAUGGUGAGGAGAUAGUCUGGCAGAACAAAUUUAUGGACUAUGAGAAAAGAAAGGAGCAGAAACAAUUGGAAAAGCUGAUCUUUGAGAAAGAUCUUGAAGAGAAACAGAGAGAGCAUGCUAAACUCCUAGUCCUCAACAGCUCUCUUAAAGAGGACGUCCUGCUGUCUGUCAAACUGGAGCAGGAGCGGUUAGAGUUAGGUGUAUCUCAGCAGCAAAAGGCCCAGGAAGCAGAGAGGCUGAAAGUGCUGGAUAAAGUCCGCCAGGCAGAGAGCGCUGUCAUGAGUCGCAUCUCUGAUCUUCUGCUUGAUAACAAACGCCAGGAAAAAAGCGCUGCAUUUUUGCAAGCCCUGGAGAAGGACCGCAUACGAAUGGAACACCUUACUACCAUCACACAGGAAGAAGCCAACUCUCUUAGGAAAAAGGAAGUGGCAGAUGCAAUGCAGAGGAUGUUGUCCGAGAGCUGCUCUGUACGGUUACUGCAGGAGGCCAGAGAAGCCAAGACAAAGUUUCUAGUGUCCGAAACCUGCAAGAGUUUGGACAAUAUGGAUAAGAAGUUUGACCAAGUGUUGUCUCUUCAGCAGCUAGACAAAAGCAAAGCCAUUAGUCAGAUCCUUCAAGAGGAGGAAAUGCAGAAGGCCGCCUUUGAAGCCCUUCAGCUCCAGAAAGACAGCGUGCAUGCUUAUAUCCGUAAUCAGAUUAAACUCAUAGAGGCAGAGUUAAUGCAGCUCACAAAGCUGGAGGUUAAGAGGAGGAAUUUGGACACUGAGAACCUGCAGGAGGAGCUGUCUGACCAGAGGACGGCUCUGACUGACCUGCUGCAGCAGUUACUCAAACAGAAGGAUCAGAGGGAGGAGGAGCUCAGACUGGUCUUGAUGGAGAUUGAGAAGAAGAGUGAAUCCAACCAGCAGAACUACUGGAUGAUCCAGUAUCAGAGGCUUCUGGAUGCCAAACCACUGUCUCUGCGCAUGCAGGAAGCAGCGGUAGACAGAGAUCUAGGGAAUCUACUGUGCAAACUCUCAGCUCAGCACUACCUGCCAAUCAUAGCUCACCACCGCAUCACUGCUGAGGCCUUAAGAAGAAUGACUGCCAAAGACCUCAGGAAGUUGGGGAUCAACGAGGUUGGCGUGCAGAAAGCUCUUCUCCACUGGGCCAGAGAUCGAACUCUGUCUGAUCCUUUGCCGAAAACACUGAAAGAGAUGGAGGAAGCUGGUCCAUCCGCUCAGAGUGUUCCACUUCCACAUCAGCUCACUCCUCCACUGACCCCCAGUGCCCCUCUAACCCCCACGACCCCAAAUCCUGACCGCUUCAACUCUGAGUGUGUUGUCUGCAUGGAGCUUGAGUCUCAGGUGAUCUUCCUGCCGUGUGGCCAUGUAUGCUGUUGUCAGACCUGUAGUGAUGCCCUGCAGUCGUGCCCUCUGUGCCGUGGCUCUAUAUCUCAGCGUGUCCGUAUUUACCAUGGCUGA